AAUGGGAAACUGCCAAGCUACUGAUUCAGCGACUCUGGUUCUUCAGCACCCGUGCGGGAAAGUAGAGAGAUUCUACUGGCCCGUGAGAGCUCGUGAGGUGAUGAAGAUGAACCCCGGUCACUAUGUUGCUCUGCUUAUAUCCACCACCUUUUAUCAUUCGAAUCCGGGUAACAAUUAUAAAGCUUCACAGUCACAACAAACCGGCAGCAACACAAGUACUGUCAACCCCGUUCGCUUGACCAGGAUUAAGCUUCUUCGGUCGACGGAUACUCUUCUUCUCGGUCAUGUUUACAGGCUCAUCACCACUCAAGAGGUUAUGAAGGGAUUUUAUGCGAAGAAACAUGCAAAGAUGAAGAAGAACCAAGAAUCUGCGGCCGAGAAACCAUAUGAGAAGGCUGCUGGUCAGAGAUCUGAACCGGAUACGGUGAGCAAACAUGAAAGACAGCGAUCGAGGUCGACAACAUCCAGCAACUCUGCUGCCAGAUCAAAGACAUGGCAGCCUUCAUUACAAAGCAUCACCGAGGCUACAAGCUGAGGAUAUUUUUCAUGUUUUUUUUUUGCCACGUUAAAUUGCUGCAUAAGAGACAAAAAAGAACCCCGAGCUUCUUUUUUAACAUGUAGAAACCAAUACAUGCAGUUUCUCUCACUUUAGGAUCCAUAUGUAGGCUAGCAAAACCCAGAAAACCACACCUUUCUUCAACCUGCAGACCUGAGCUAUAUGCAUAAUUGUACAUCCAAAAGAAAGAAAAAAAACCGACCGAGUUUGUAAUAUCCAGCACUGUUAUGCAAUGGAGUCCUACUAUUUUCC